AUGGAUAUCAAUUCACUGCUUUCCCCGGACUCAAAUCCGCAAUCUGGGAACUCGACGCCCGUGCCCGGCCCUCCGUCGAAUAACGCACCAGCUCCAAGCCCGGCCCCAUCGUCCUCUCCCCAUAAAGCUAUCCAACGCGCACGGUCGGGUCCUGGUCGCAAAGGAAAGGUAUCCUCGCCUCUUGCGCAGCAGGUGUAUGCGCCACCUUCCAUGGCCGAGUCGUCCCCGCCAGCUGCAAGCCCUCCUAUCGCCUCCAACCCUAGCAGUGGCAAUGGCGCAGCUACUGUGACCGAACGACCACCCUCGAGACAACCACCGACUGGGAUGGAUACCUUGGCAGACCUGGCUUCGAUGCAGCACCACCAGCCGCAAGCUGGCAGGAAUCCCCCCUCCAUGCUGCGGAACACCGAGUCGUAUCAGAGCCAGCUCUCUCCCUCCACUAUUCACCCUCAUGUGAAUCCUAUCAACCAUAACACGCCGGCCGCCCGUACAUCCUUCGAUAUCGCAAUGUCAGAGGGCCCGCGGGCAAGCGCGCGGAGAAAUUACAUUCAGACAUCGCUCGAGCCGGACGCGCAGCACUCGGCGACUAGUUUGUUCAAUCAAAUCCAGGAAAACCCCCACACCUAUGAAGCGCACGUCCAGUUUAUCGGGUUGUUGCAUGCAGGCUUCGUAAACCACGUGUACCCGCCCAACAAUCCGGAUAUCCAUGGCGACCCGCAGCGAUACGAUCUUCUUAAGGAUCUUCGAACUGCUCGGGAGGAAAUGGAUAAGCUUUUCGCGAUGGGUGAAGAUCUUUGGGCCGAAUGGAUCCAGGAUGAAAGCAUGUUGGCUCAUUCAGUAACGGAGCGUAUUGCCGUGAUGGAGCUUUGCCAACGAUCGGUCGAAGAAGAAUUUGGCAGCACACAGCUCUGGCAUAUCUAUGGUGAAUGGGUACUCUACCUUUACAACUCUGCGGCCGGUGAAGGUGGAGCUGGCCAGUGGACUGAAGAAGACCGGUUGGUUGGGCGUGAAGUUUUCAGCUGGCAGUCGGUCUUAGAUGUGUGGCAACGGGCCGCGGAAGCCACUCGGUGGAGGAUCAACAACAGUCACCUUGUUUGGGACCGAUUGCUGGAGCUUUAUACCCAGGACCUCUCACAAGCCCCCUCCCAAGAAAAGAUCAAUCAUCUUCGGGGCUUAUACGAUGUCCGACUGCAGACGCCCCACGCGACCUGGGAUCAGACCUUCCAGACUUUCUCGAGUUUCGUUUCUACAUACUAUGAAUCCAACUACGAAGAAAUCAUGUCCAAAACAGUUGCUCAGGGAUCGAAAGCGAAGAAUCUUUAUGACUCUCGUGAAGAACAUGAACUUCGAUUGAGCAAGGUGCAGGAAUCUGGUGAUAAGACCCUUGAGUGGACAGCUUAUACCGAGUACAUCGAUUGGGAAUUGAGUCGCAACCGGCGACGUGACUACAACUUUGAACUCGCAAAUGCUAUUUACCAGCGCGCUGUUCUACAUUUCCCUACAGACGUCUCUUUAUGGGAAGACUAUGUUAUGUUCCUCAUCGGCGAAUCCAUGCAUAAUCACACCUCCACCACGACCAUCGCAACUCUUGACCGGGCAACUCGGCAUUGCCCUUGGUCUGGUAACCUCUGGUCUCAGUAUCUACUAAGCUCAGAACGCGAGGGCCAGUCAUUCUCCAAGAUCUCGAACAUUAAACACAAGGCUACUAGCACUGGGCUUCUUGAUGCUGGAGGCAUGGAAGAGGUUCUCAAAGUUCAUGUCACCUGGUGCAGCUACCUUCGUCGACGUGCGUUCCUCUCUGAAGCUACCGACGAGGAUCUAGAUGUGGCAGAGGUUGGCAUUCGCUCGGCAAUUGAGAGUGUACAAGAGCUAGGUGAGAAGAAGUAUGGUCGCUCAUACCAGGGCGAUCCUCUCUUCCGCUUGGAGCGCAUUUACAUUCGAUACCUCAGCGAAAGUGGCAGUUGGGACAGCGCACGUGAGACCUUCAAGGGCCUUGUUCCUCGCCGCGGCAACAGUUAUGAAUUCUGGCUUACUUACUAUGGAUGGGAGCUUAUCUCGUGGAGCAAGUUUGUUCAAGGCGAGGCUACAGUGGACGCCGCGAGGCGGACACCCAACCCAAGCUAUGCGACUGCAGUUUUGAAGCAAGCCAUCAAACGCCAAGAUCUUGACUGGCCGGAGAAGAUUGUGCAUACUUACAUCGCUCACUGUGAGGACUACGAGGACUCGGACGAGCUGCAACUUGCGGUCAUUGAGACCCGAAAGGCUAUGAGAGCUGUCACCGCUCGAAGGGAAACGGAAGCACGCGAAGCUGCCGCGGCUCAACAGCAGCAGCAGCAACAGUGGGAGGCCGCGGCUGCCGAAGCGUCUACGUCGGAGAAGAGAAAACGUGAGGAUGAUGCGAAUGGCGAGCCCACUAGCAAGAAGGCUCGUGGUGAAGAGACGGCCAUCAAGGAAGAGGAGGAGCCCGUGGGACCUAGUCGUGAUCGCGAGCAUGCAACUGUGGUUGUCAAGAACUUGCCGCACGAGACAUCCGAGCACCAGGUCCGACAAUUCUUCCGCCACAUCGGCACCAUAAAUGGCGUCAAGAUGAUGCGCGGUGAAGAUAAGAAGUCGGAGGUUUCAAUCAUCGAGUUCGAAACACAAGAAGAAGCUCUUAGUGCCCAGACUCGGGAUCAAAAGGACUUCCAUGGAAAUACCAUUGAAGUGCAGAUUGAUACCAACACCACCUUGUAUGUCACGAAUUUCCCCCCGACUGCUGAUGAGGAGUACAUUCGUAACCUCUUCAGUAAGUACGGCGAAGUUCUUGAAGUACGCUUCCCAUCGCUCAAGUAUCAAACCAAACGCCGAUUCUGCUACGUGCAGUUUGCUACUUCCAGUGCAGCACACCAGGCUACCGAACUUGACGGUACAUCUACUGAGAAAGGCUUCAAGCUCGUUGCCAAGAUCUCUGACCCUUCCCAAAAGCAGGACCGCUCCGGGGCCAUGCAGGAAGGACGUGAGAUCUUCUGCAAGAAUCUUGACUUCAAGCUCAGCGAGAAGGAGGUGCAGGAGGCGUUUGCGAGAUUCGGCACAAUCGAGAAGCUCCAUAUGCCAGUCAAUGUCGAUGGCACUCGUAGAGGGUUCUGCUUUAUAACCUUCUCCACAAAAGAAGAAGCUGAAGCUGCUCUCGUGAUGAAUGAGGAGAUGCUCGGAUCCCGUCGUUUACAAGUCAACCCUAGUGGCCAAACCGGUGCCAAGCGCAUGGCAAGCACCAUCAUCUCGCGUGUUCGCACAUCGGCCUCUCCAUCUGCAGAGGUCAACGGUGAUGGCUCAGAUGCGGUGGAAACGAGUGGUGACCGCGGUAAUCGCACACUCGGCUUAAUGAAUAUCCCGGAUACAGUUAACGACGCUCGAAUCCGCGCCCUGGUGGAGCCAUUCGGACAGUUAAUCAAGAUCGUUCUGCGGCCGGACCAUCAAGGCGCCAUCGUGGAGUUUGCCGACGUCAACGAUGCUGGAAAAGCAUCGCUGGCUCUCGAAGGGAAAGAAAUUGUCCCGGGUCGCCCGCUUCACGUUGGAAGUGUUGCUGAGUUGAAAACGCUCAAUGCUGACCGCAAGACCGACCGGGUCACCUCGAUCAAGCAUGAGAAGCCGAAGACCAACCUCCAACCGGCGGGUCCCAUCAGACGCCCUCAGCAGCCCGGAGCCCGUGGAGGCCGCCGAGGCGGACUUGGCCUGAAACGAACCACCGCGCCCGGCGGACCGGCGGACAAAGCGACACUCGACAGCGACAGGAUGGAUACCACAGCUGACAACAAGGAUGGCGACGGUGGCAAGUCCAAAAAGAGCAAUGAUGAUUUCCGUGCGAUGCUGCAGCAGAACCGUACGGCGUGA